GCCAGAUGCGAGCUUCUUGGAGACAAACUUGCAAGAAAUCUCCCGGACUUCAAGCUCCACAAAAUUGUGAAACAGACAAAUGAUUGGGAGAAUUGGUUAAAGACAACUUGUAAAGAACGUGGAUGGGCACACAUGAAAUCACCCAUAGUAUGGAGAGAGCUGAUCGAUCGAGGAGGGAAAGGCGUCUUGAUAGGAGGUGCUAAUGAGUUCCAGGAAUAUGCCUAUGGAUAUUAUGGCAUGGAAUCAGAACUUCUUAGCUCUGAUAUGCUUAAAAUCUCUAAAGAAAACCUCCAAUACAAAAAAGAAGUGGAUGAAGAAGAGAAAGAAAUCAAAGCUCGGAGUAAACCUCUUCAUGUAUGUGUCACUGUUGCUUCAAACCCUGUGUGUUAUGCCAUGGUAAAUGCCAUUGCCAAGGGAGAUGUAUUUGGUAGCAAACAGGAAGUAGCUCUCCAUUUAUAUGAUGCAAAUGACCAAAUGGAAAUGCUGGAAGGAUUAAAGAUGGAGGCAUAUGAUCUGGCCCAUGGACUUCUCAGGGACGUGACUGUCCAAUCAAAUGUGCGUAAAGCUUUCAGUAACUGCAGUGCAAUCAUUUUAUUGGAUGAAGUUGUGAGAAAGGAUGGGGAAGAUAAAGACACAUGGUAUAAAAGAAAUUCCAAGCUAUUUUCUAGUUAUGCUAAAAUUAUAAAUGAGGUUGCCAGAAAGAAUGUGAAGGUUCUCCUGGCAGGAAAUGGACCAGUCAAUUUUAAUGUUUUUAUGAUGAUUCAAAACGCUCCAGAUAUCUCCCGACAAAAUUUUGCAGGAUUGUCAAGAAUGGUGGAAAACCAUACAAAGGCUGUGAUUGCUGACAAGCUGAACGUGAAUUCUGGUGGUGUUGUGAAUGUUACAAUCUGGGGAAAUGUCAGUGGUGAAUACUACAUUGAUCUUGAAAACAGUCGUGUCCAUGGUUAUGAGGGGGCAAUCUGGGGGCCGCCAACUUUCUCCUUGCCAACCAAGGAGAUGAUCUGGGACAAGCAAUGGCUUGCCAAGGAGUUUCCAGAGAUUGUUCGAACAAGGAAAGCUGUAGUGGAGGAAGCGUUGAUGCAUGGGGCAUACAUGUCGAAGGCAGCAGCCAUAUCCACUAUGAUUAGCCACUGGUGGAGUGGCUCUCCUAGUGGACAAACCUUCUCUUUAGCAGUUUGCUCAGAUGGUUGGUAUGGUGUCCCGGCAGGACUUGUCUAUUCCUUCCCUGUAACUAUGCACCCCAAAGGCUACUGGUAUGUCGUAGAGGAUAUUGACCUUACAGAUGAGGUCAAAGAAAAACUCAAGGUCACCGUGCAGGAUUUGGUGUCAGAAAAGGAAAUAAUAUAUCCUCCACCGAAACCUCCAACCCCUCCCCCAGGAGAGGUCAAGGUCACAAUCAUUGACCCUAAAGAGGAAGCUGAAGCCUCAGCGAAAGAGGAGGAAAAGAAAGUUGAAACAGAAGAGGAAGGUAGCACAUCAGGGACAUCUGAUUCUGCUGUAGAGGUUGAUUCUUCUAAUGAACCAAAGCUGGAGACCAUUGUUGAGGAAAAGGGUGCAGUUGAUGCCAAUGGUAAUGCAACAAACAGCAGCACAAAUGAAGAGAAGGGAGACGACUCUGGACAAGAAGCCGCUCCAACUGAAGAACCAACAACAGAAGCACCACCUGCUGAAUGA